UUAUGAGAAACCUUUGUCUGUUUGCCUGAAACAGUAUUUUACUCAUAGAUUGAAUUAUUGGAGCCAUGGGAAUAAAGGUUCAGCGUCCUCGAUGUUUUUUUGACAUUGCCAUUAAUAAUCAACCUGCUGGAAGAGUUGUCUUUGAAUUAUUUUCUGAUGUGUGCCCCAAAACGUGUGAGAACUUUCGUUGUCUUUGUACAGGUGAAAAGGGGACAGGGAAAUCAACUCAGAAGCCAUUACAUUAUAAGAGUUGCCUCUUUCACAGAGUUGUCAAAGACUUCAUGGUGCAGGGUGGUGAUUUCAGUGAAGUGCCCAUCUUCAUUCUAUGGUACCAGUAUUUUCUAGUAGCUAGCUACUCAGGUAUCAGCCUUCUUAACUACAAAGCUUUAAGGCUGCUUUGUUUUUCUCUGACUUUGUUUUUAUUCUUCUAUCUGAUGAUUUCCAAAAGAACAACGAAACCAACUCCUCAUUUAGAUGGGCAUCAUGUUGUUUUUGGGCAAGUGAUUUCUGGUCAAGAAGUUGUGAGAGAGAUAGAAAACCAGAAAACAGAUGCAGCUAGCAAACCAUUUGCUGAGGUGCGGAUACUCAGUUGUGGAGAGCUGAUUCCCAAAUCUAAAGUCUUCCUAUUAAGUGCAUCUAGUGAAAGUGAAGCUGAAAAUCUUGAAGCACAACCCCAGUCUACUGUCCGUCCAGAAGAGAUCCCUCCUAUACCUGAGAAUAGAUUUCUGAUGAGAAAAAGUCCUCCUAAAGCUGAUGAAAAAGAAAGAAAACCCAGAGAAAGAGACAGAGAAAGAGAAUGUAAUCCACCUAACUCCCAGCCUGCUUCAUACCAGAGGCGACUUUUAGUUACUAGGUCUGGCAGGAAAAUUAAAGGAAGAGGACCAAGGCGUUAUCGAACUCCAUCUAGAUCCAGAUCAAGGGAUCGUUUCAGACGUAGUGAGACUCCUCCACAUUGGAGGCAAGAGAUGCAGAGAGCUCAAAGAAUGAGGGUAUCAAGUGGUGAAAGAUGGAUCAAAGGGGAUAAGAGUGAGUUAAAUGAAGUAAAAGAAAAUCAAAGAAGUCCAAUUAGAGUAAAAGAGAAAAAAAUCACUGAUCACAGGCAUGUGUCUGAGAGCCCAAAUAGAAAAAGUGAAAAGGAAAAGAAAGUUAAAGACCAUAAAUCUAACAGCAAAGAGAGAGACAUCAGAAGAAAUUCAGAAAAAGAUGAUAAGUAUAAUAAAAACAAAGUGAAGAAAAGGGCCAAAUCUAAAAGUAGGAGUAAAAGCAAGGAGAAAUCCAAGAGUAAGGAAAGAGAUACAAAGCAUAAUAGACAUGAAGAAAAGAGGAUGAGAUCAAGGAGUAAAGAAAGGGAUCAUGAGAAUGUUAAAGAAAAAGAAAAGCCUGAUUCUAAAGGAAAAGAUCGGGAAAGGAGUAGAAGUAAAGAGAAGUCUAAACAAUUAGAAUCGAAAAGUGAGGAGCAUGAUCAUAAUAAAAGUAAGGAAAAGGAUAGACGAGCACAGUCUAGGAGUAGAGAACGUGAUAUAACUAAAGGCAAACACAGUUACAAUAGUAGAACAAGGGAACGAAGCAGAAGUCGGGACAGGAGCAGAAGAGUGCGAUCCAGAAGCCAUGACCGCGAUCGCAGCAGAAGCAAGGACUACCAUAGAUACAGAGAACAGGAAUACAGGAGAAGAGGAAGGACACGGAGCCGAGACAGAAGAGCGACACCAGGAAGAUCAAGAAGUAAAGAUAGGAGGAGGAGAAGGAGAGAUUCACGGAGCUCAGAGAGAGAAGAAAGUCAAAGCAGAAACAAAGAAAAAUAUAGGAACCAAGAAAGUAAGAGUUCACACAGAAAAGAAAAUUCUGAGGGUGAGAAGAGAAUGUACUCUAAAAGUCGUGAUCAUAAUAGCUCAAAUAAUAAGGAAAAAAAGGCUGAUAGAGAUCAAAGUCCAUUCUCAAAAAUAAAACAAAAUAGUCAGGACAGUGAAUUAAAAUUUUCCGCAUUGAAAAAUAAGGAGGAUGAGAAAACCAUAUCCUCAGUGGAAAAAGAAAACCAAAAAUCAAAGGGUCAAGAAAACGACCAUGUACAUGAUAAAAAUAAAAAAUUUGAUCAUGAAUCAAGCCCUGGAACAGAUGAAGACAAAAGUGGAUGAGUGAGUUGUGUAAAUUUCUUAUUUCCAUUCUGUCUCAAAUUUUAAGUUUUAGAGACUUGCUGAUGAAUCUCCUUUAUGUUGUUUUCCUCUUUUCAUUGUUUUUGGGUUGUUUUAUGUUUGUCUUUUUUUUUUUUUUUUAAACGUGGACUUUAUUGAGUUGAUCUUUUGAUAAUCUGCAACCUGGAUAAUUUGUACUGCUAAAGUUUUAAUAAACUUGAAAUGAGAAAAACACUUUGGUGUAAUACUGUGUGCUGUGUUUAACUAUUUCAUGUAUGCAGUUUUGUAUUGCAACAAUCAGCCAAUAGCAAACAUGCCAUUCUAUACCUUAAUUUGUGUGAUCAGCCAGUUAGAAAUCAGUAUAACUGAUUGUUGGAAUACAUUGUUACAAAAGCUUGUGUUCAUCGUGAUUAAAGUAACUUUAGAAGCCACUAGAUAGAUGAAGUCUUGUAAAGAUUUUCUGAUUGCAUUUAUAAUAGAGGCUUGCAGCAGCAGCUUUUAAUUACACAGAAGCAGGAUCCUAGUAACGAGAUCUUAAGUCAUCACUUUCAAUUUUAUAGUAAUUUGUGCUUUAAAAUAGAUACUUAGUUAUUUAUAUUGUACUUCAUGUUCUCUUUAUGGUUCCAUCUGCAGCUUAUUUUAUAUUAAUAUUUUUCCUAUAUAGUUUUGUGUUACUAACUGUCCAUAAAAAUAGUUGAAUAUUUUUUUUCAGUUGAUGUACUGAUUGAGGUUGACUUGCUGUUAUACAGCAUCUGAUGAGAACUGUACCAUGGAAGAUCAGAUUGUAAUUCUCAACCUACGUUGCUUUUGGUGUGAAGAGAUGAAACUUUUGCUUUUUGAGACCAUUGUUUUAUUGUUAGUUAACCUCCUCCAAAAUGAAAAAAAAAGUACUUUUCUCACUAAAACAUACCACUUAUGCAACUCUUUAAGUUAGAUUCUAAAAAUUGUUCAUAUUGACACAUUAACUUACAAGAUUUCUCUUUUUGGCCACUAACCUAUAUAGAAUUGAAUGUUAAUUCUGCAUGGUUGUUCGUUUGUUUUUUUAUUUUUAACUUGAACUGAUUAACACCCAGAGCUGUGAGUUUCAAAUGGCAAGACAAUGCAUCUUUUCUAUAUCUGUAUCACAAUAGGCUAUAGCAUGUUUAUGACUCGGGUUUCUUUCUAUUCAGGUGGCUUUAUACCAUUACUGUUAACAUUAUUUUAACUUGGCAAAUAUUGCCACAUAUAGUAGAAAGUUGCAAAAUUUGAUAGCUUACAGAGUUAAACACUAAAGAUAUCUAAAGUCCAUUUAGAAUUUUAUGUGUUGUAUAUUGCUAUUUUUGUGAUGUGUGGCCUUUUAUUCUGUAAUUUCUCUUCUAAAUAAAAUAUUGAACAUCCAGCAAACAGAAAACCUGCCUCAUUUGAAAAGAAAUUUCAGAAUUCCAAUUAAUAGUAGCUUCUAGAGUAUUUUGUACUUUAAUAUUUGUCAAUAUAGUGUCUAUUACCACGAUAGCUUCUUGGUAAAUCCAAUAGCUUAUUCAAUGCUAUUUGUACUGAGCAAAGUAAUGCUUAACAUAAUAUUUCCCAUUAUUGAUUAAUAUAAUAAUGAUACAUUGGCAUUGUGGUAGCUGUUUGCAUAAUGAAUAGGGUAAUGAUUAUAAGAUUGUUUGGAAUAUCUUGAAACAAAUAUCCAAAGUGGAGUCUUUCCAGAAAAACUUUUUUCCUAAUCAUAAAAGUAAGUUAUUUAUGAUAAUCCAGGGUAUUUGAUUCCUUAGCUUUGACCACAAACCCACUUUAGGAAUAACUGAAUCUUAAAUGCCCUAACUUUAUAAUCUGUUAUAUAUUUUAAAUUAGUUAUUUGCUUCAAAUUCAGUAAGUUGCAUUUUAAAAAUCUAUUUUAAAUUAUUUGAGCUUCAAGAAAGAUGCUAUUAAGAAAGGAUUUCUAAUAAUUAACAUUUAAAAAGAAAGACCCAUGCUAAGUAAAAAUACUUCUAUGUUGUCUGAUCCCAGAGCUUUAUCUACUAAGAAUUAUAGGCAAGUAACUAUAGGGGGGAAAUUUUAGUAAUUUCUAUAAAUAAUAUUUUGUUUGGUUUAUCAAAAGAGCAACUCCAUGCAGAACAUUAUUUAUAGGGCUUUUUUAAAAAAGCUUUGUUAGUUUUUACAAUAGAACAGAUAAUGAAUGGUAAAGGAGUUAAGAUGAGAGAUGACAAUCAGCUAGAUUUUAUAUUCAGAAUAUAAAGAACAUUUUGAAAAUGAUUAACAGUAUUAACUGUAGCUCAAGUCUGCCUUUGCGUCUGGAUAGCACACAGCUCAAACAGUCGUUUCCUUCCAUUACAUUUUUAAUAGUUGUACCACCUUUAGUUAAUACUUGGACAUACUCUGUUUUCCUAAAACUCAACCAAUUAAUUCCUUCUUGUCAAAUUGAUGUUAUAGUUAUGUUCAUGCUUACAGUUUACCUCAAAGUAUCUUUGACUUAAUAUCUUCUUAAAGGUAUUUUAAUUGGUUUGUCUUUAUUGCUGAAUUGGCAAUAUCUGAGAAAUUUUUUCAUGAUUAACAUGAAUGCUUUUUUGGUUUUGUUUUGUUUUGUUUUUGUAAACCAUCUGCCACAGAAAUGGGCACAACACAGACAUUAAUGAGCAGUAAAGAAGAUGCUGGGUUUAAAACAUUUUUUAAUUAUAGUUAGAGUUCAUACAAAGACCAUUGUAAUUUCUAAGUUCCUUAAAGCCCUGGCAGAAGUUUCUGAGAGUUUGACUGAUAAAUGUGUUUUACAAGGGUGAUACUGAUUCAUAUUGGCUUUUCUGAGUGGCCUUUGAUUCUUGUACCCAGUAGAUGAUAGGAAACUGAAAUGUAAAAGCUUCCUAAUAUAGACGGGAGCACAUUGGGUUUGUAGUAUUCUGAGUAGUGGUAUUUACUGACAAUUUUAAAAUUUGUUUUCAAGUUAGUAUAUGGAACAAGUUAGCAUGUUUUUUAGUAAGUAGUUCAUUGUGCUUCACUCUGGGUGGCAAUUUUUUCCAUCAACUUUGAACCUUUAAUAGUAAAUUUCUAUAGAAACAUGUUCUCUUUACCACCAGAAAGUACUUUAAAUAUACACCAUAUAGUUGAUGGUUAUAAAGAAACAAAAAUGGGUAUUUUUCUAUCUCUUCUUUGUCUUAUUUACUAUAAUUAUUCAGUUUAGUAUUCAUACAUUUACAGUUGAAUGAAGCCUCCAAGGACUGUAGGCUUAUAACCUGUUAGAUGUGGAAAGAUGUGUUUUGUUACAAAUACUUGUUUGAACUCCAGGAAGUGCAGCAUUGGCUAACACCUGCCCAUAGUGGGCUUCCCAACUGCCUGUAAAGGAUUCAGGCAAAUGCAAACUCUGGCCUAUGGUGUUACACAAGAAGUGACUAGUAAAGGAAAAGAAAGACCACAUAUAUAAAAUUCUAUCAGCAAAACUGGAGAAGGGAGUUUUUGAGGGUUUUGUUUGUAUUUAGGUAGAGGAGGGAGUGGUGGGGUGAUUUGUGUUCUUAAAGCAAAUUCCUAUGCUUACCAAAAGCACAUGCCGUAUAUUUUGUUCCCCUUUGUAUGUUUAUAGUAUUUUGAAGGAUUGAUAAGCGAAUUGGGUAUUUGUAUGAGGGGAUGUUAAAAGUUGUGGCUGCUAUCUUUGUUGAAGGGAAAACAAAUGAAGUUAAUGCACUUCUUUUCCUAGCUCAAAGUCACUGUGAUGUAUAUUUUUUUAAUGAAAUUUAGGAAUAAAGCUGUUGUCACAAUUACAAAAUUAGUUUCAAAAUGCUGCUUAUCUUAUCAGUCUAGUAACUUAAACUGUUUUCUGCAAACUGCAUUUUACAGAAUUUAAACUCUGAAACUGUAUCAAUUUUUAUAGUUAAACAUUGUAUUAAAUAAACUAACUAUAAUAAACAGUUUGUUUUGUAUUUU